GAUCCCGAGACAAUUGCCCUAUAAAUCUAUUCUGUUGUCUUUUCAUGUCAAACAUACUUGCAGUUAAGUCUGGUAAGUAAGUACACCACCAUGGAAGACAGAGAAGAAGAGGAGAUGACUGGCGUGGAAGCCGAAACGGAGGAGACAAUGGCUGCCGAAGUUGGACAGGGAUGCGCUGAGGGUGGAGACGGAGCUGGCGGGAGUGGGGACGAUUCUACGGCGGUUGCGGGAGAAGAAGGGGACGGCGGGAAACUGGACAAGGACAGAGUGAAGGGCCCAUGGUCUCCCGAGGAAGAUGCGAUCCUCGGCCGACUCGUCAGCAAGUUCGGGCCGAGGAAUUGGAGCUUGAUCGCCCGCGGAAUUUCUGGCCGCUCCGGGAAGUCCUGCCGCCUCAGGUGGUGUAAUCAGCUCGACCCGGCCGUUAAGCGCAAGCCUUUUACUGAUGAAGAGGAUCAUAUUAUAGUUGCAGCACAUGCAAUCCAUGGAAACAAAUGGGCUGCAAUUGCAAGGCUUCUACCAGGGAGAACUGAUAAUGCUAUUAAAAAUCACUGGAAUUCCACCCUAAGGCGUCGUUGCAUGGAUCUUGACAUGAUGAAGACAAAUUCUGGAAAUAUGUUGGAAGAUGCUAGCUUAGACAAAAACAAAGCGUCAUCUGAAGAAACCCUAUCUUGUGGUGAUAUCAGUUCAUUAAGAUCUCUGGAAGGAAAAGAUGCAAGUUCAGCGGAAGUUUUCGAUGAGGAAUACGAAAACCAGGAAUUAACGGAUGGUCCAUCAUUGCAGGAGGUGAAAGAACCUACUACACUUUUCCAUCCAGUAGCACGUGUCAGUGCUUUUAAUGUAUAUAAUUCUAUUGAAGGCUCAGAAGCUGCAUCACCAGAUCCAAGACCAGUUCCGAUGCGAGGACCUAUAGUUCAAUCAUCAAACCCAGCUGUUGGGAUUUGCAAAUUGCUUGAAGGAGCUUAUGGGGACCAACUGGUGCCUCAGCACUGUAGCCAUGGGUGCUGUGUGGCCCAAAGUGGUAUGUACCGUCAAGAUUCUUUGUUAGGGCCAGAGUUCGUGGACUACUUGGAUUCCCCAUCCUUUCCAAAUGAAUUGGCUGCAAUAGCCACAGAUAUAAGUAAGCAUGCUUGGCUAAAAAGUGGAUUGAAUAGCUGUACUACUGGGGUGGUGGAUGAUGCUACUGGUAAUACAAUGCCACAUGAUUCUCAAGUGCAUUUACGCCAUUUGAAAGAGAACAAAGUGAAUGGCCUUUUUCAUGCAGACCAGGGGAAGAACAAUCUAACUGGAACGAUAGACAAUGCGUUCUCCACAUAGAUUUGCUGGCAACUGUAGCUUAAGGUUAGGCCUUUCUAGGUGAAUGGUUGUAACACCAGGUUUCACUAGAAUGGAGAAGUUUUGCUGUUUUGACAUUAAUUCCCAAUUAUCAACUUGUUUAUGAUACUGAAAAGCCGAGGAGAAAAGGAAGAAUAACCAAGAAUCAACAGGAAGCAAAGAAGAAGCUUUUCAAUAAUCAUUCAGUUGUUCCAUGAGUGCCUUAGAUGUGUUGCUGGACUUACCAUGUUAAAAAUUGAUUAUGUACAGAAAAUCAAGGUAGUCAAUAUGAGUUAUUGGUUAAGUGAGGAGUGGUUCUUUCCAUUGUUCUAGUAACUGAUAUGCUGGGAUGAUUUUCUCUUCAAUUGACAAAUAUGACCAGUUAUUGCCAAA